CGUGCUGCACAGACCCGCCCCUUGGCUGAGCGGGACACUACAGGAACAAGCUCCGAGUCCAACUUCUAACAUUAAUCGCAUUUUGUAUUUGUAUUAUUUGCACAUGCUAUAAAGUUGAUCGACUUCAUGUAUACUUUUAUACUGUAGGAAUAACUCAUGCAUACACAAUGACACGAGAGGAGGAGCUGAUACGGAUUGCGAAAAAGCUAGACAAAAUGGUGUCUAGGAAUAACACGGAAGGUGCUCUUGACCUGUUGAGAGAAUUGCAAAAAUUCAGUAUGACUCUUAAGUUGCUUCAGGACACAAGAAUUGGAAUGUCUGUCAAUGGAAUAAGAAAGCACUGCAGAGAUGAGGAUGUCGUCUCCCUUGCGAAGAUUCUUAUCAAAAACUGGAAGAGGCUAUUAGAAUCUGGCCAUUCCCAGAAGGCUGAAAGACCAAAUGAGAUGAAAAAUGGGAGUGGGGCCAGUACACAAUCACCCAGUGGACCCUCUCCAGACACAGAGUCAAGCCCAAAAUCCAGUUUAAACACUCCCAAGAAACCUGUUGAUAAGCACAGAAAAGAGAGAACUGAGGCAGUUUUUAAGAAAGAAAGACAAGAAAGUGACCACAAAAAGGAAAAACACAUCAGUAAUCACACAAAGGAGAGUGAGAGGAUGAACGCUAUAGAUUCAAGUGUAUCCUCCUUUGGUUCACCCUUCCAUCCUCCCAAGUGUUCAUCUAUGGAAGUGAAGAAAGACAGGAGAGAGGCUCCCGAUCCCAAGAGUCCUCCUCAUCUUCAUCUUCACCAUUCUCUUCCUGCUCAUAUUCGUAAACACCAACCUGAAGUGAAGAAAGACAGGAGAGUGACACCAGAAACUUUGACCUCUCAACAUUCUCAGUCUCAUCAUUCCUCUUCUCAUAAAAGGCCAUGUCCAGAGGUUCCUAAAGAGAGAAAAAAGACUCCAGAUCAAAAUGCCCCACUUCCUCCUUUGCCUCUUCAUCUACAUCCUCCUGCUCAGAAACAAUGCCUUUUAGAGAUGAAGAAACCGAGGAAAGAGACUGUGAAUCCUGAUGCCCCUCUUCCUCCUCUGCCUCUCCAUCUUCAUCCCCCUACUCUUACAAAGCAUCCUUCAUUAGACAUGGAGAAAGACAAAGAAAAAGAAAGCAAAGACAAAGAAAGAAAAGAUAUGCCAGCACCAAAACGAAAUGCACAGCAGCUGAUAUCUGAACAUAAGAAACACAGCAGAGAUCUGGGGGACAGUAAACCAGCCAAAAGACUGUCUACAGACAUGAAGAAAGACAGAAGGGAUUCCUCAGAUUUCAGUCAGCAGUCUCCGAAAAAGCCCAUUAACGAUGCAAAGAAAGAAAGAAAAGACUCCACUGACUCUAAGUCUGGCCAGAGACAGCAGUCAAGUGACGCCAAACCUACGAGAAGGGACUCUGUUAACUCAAAGUCUGGAAGCUCACCCCUGUCUAAGAAACUCUCGGAGGAAAGGAAAGAAUAUCAUGGCCCUAAGUUGACUCUCCCUGGAGCUAUACAGAGAAAGGUGUCCACAGACAGUAAUGAUGGACGUAAAAGUAAACCUGAGACCCUGAAGACACCCAGCACCCCCACCACCCCCUUGUCCCCUUCCUUUAGCCCUGCUGGUGGUCCUCUCUCCCCUCACCUGCUCACUGGGGAUUCCAUCAGGGACAAGUGCAUUGAAAUGCUGUCAGCCGCACUACGCACAGAUGAUGACUACAAAUAUUAUGGAGCAAACUGUGAUGCCAUGGGAGCUGAAAUUGAGGAUCAUAUCUACCAGGAGAUUAAAGCCACAGAUAUGAAAUAUAAAAACAGAGUACGUAGCCGCAUCAGCAACCUGAAAGAUCCAAAGAAUCCGAAUUUACGCAAGAAUGUCCUGGGAGGAGCUAUUGACCUGAGUCGCAUAGCCACCAUGACUGCGGAGGAAAUGGCCAGUGAUGAACUGAAGCAGCUGAGGAACAUUCUGACUCAGGAAGCCAUCCGCGAGCACCAGAUGGCCAAGACUGGAGGCACAGUUACUGACCUGCUGCAGUGUGGCAAAUGCAGGAAAAAGAACUGCACAUACAACCAGGUGCAAACCCGGAGUGCUGAUGAACCGAUGACCACAUUUGUACUGUGCAAUGAGUGUGGAAACCGCUGGAAGUUUUGCUGAUUCCUGUUCAAAGCUUCAUCUACAGUGAAUACUUGGGAUCUUCUUUUUUUAAAUUUAGAUUAUACUGUAGUUUGCAAUUUUAAAAAGCCAAAUUAAUUUUAAUGGCUUAAUUAAAUACAGUAUUUAAAAAUCAAACUAUGCCAUACAAUAGAAAAAUGCAAGCUGUAUAAUUUUAGAAAAUUAAUAUUUGUCAGUAAUUUUUUUAAAAACUUUUUUCUACCACAUACAUUAACUGCAUGAUUUGGAGUGAAAAUUAAACUUAAAAAAAAAGUUGGAAAUCCACUUAACACAGAUUUUUUUUUUUAAUUGUGUUUUCCUUGGAGUAAUAAUCACAACCAUACUGUACAUUGUUGUAUAUUAGAGCAAUAAUGAACCGACAAAGCUGAAAAGCUCUACAUAAAUUAAUAAAAUAAUAACAAUAAAACUAAUAAAAAUAACAACUGAAUUUGAUUAUUGUGAAGCAGUAGUAUUAGUAUCAGCAUUUCUUUCAAGGAUGUUUGAAUUCAUAUACACUUCAGUAAUAAUGUUAAGUGGUGCCUAUAGAAAAUAAAGUUGUAUUUAUAUUGAA